AUUGCGGAAGGCAUAAGUAUAAGUAUAAUUAAGGCCCUCUAAUUAACAAAGAUAUCCGAGGGUGAGUAAUCAACCCGACCUGAUAGCACUCAAGUAUAUCUUUAACAUUUAUUUACGAUGAUACCUCCCUUUCUGGGCCUUCUUUUUCUCGUGUCUUCGCCAUAUGGCGCUGGUGCGAUCCCUUCGCCCAGUCCUAACAGCUUCAAUUUGAAGCCGUUUACGAUUAACCUCUCUCAUGAAGUUCCUCACAUGAUGGACCUGGUUGAAAGAACGAGGUUGCCAACAAACGCAGAGUAUCUUGAUCCAAAGGCCGGUAUUGCCCUAGAAACUUUGGUAUCUCUGAAGAAUGAAUUGGUCCACAAUUUUGACUGGGAGAAUGAGCAGAAAGAAUUGAACAAGUUCCACCAUUACACUGCCGAAAUUGAAAAUUUGACUGUCCACUUUAUCCAUGAAAAGUCCCAUCGCUCCGGUGCUAUCCCUCUGAUUCUCAACCACGGAUGGCCCGGGUCAUUUCUCGAAUUCAUUCCAUUGAUUGAGAGACUUAAGGACGACUUCGAUAUCAUCAUACCUUCUCUUCCAGGCUUUGCUUUUUCCUCAGCACCACCGACGAGCUGGACGGUUUCCGAUACGGCAAGGGUCUUUAAUACUCUCAUGACCAAAGUCUUGGGAUAUUCCAAGUAUGCGACAUACGGAACGGACUGGGGAUCUGGAGUCUCAUACAGUCUAUAUGCAAGUUUUAACACUUCUGUGCGAGCUGGUCAUUUUUCCUUUCUCCCGUUCUAUCCCUUGAACUUAACCCAGCUUGCUGCCGAGAAUAUCAGCUUGUCCUCUCUAGAGGAAUUUGAAGUGCUCCGUCUCCAAGACUGGUCUGCAACUGGCAAUGGUUAUUUCCUGGAACAAUCUACAGAGCCAAACGCUAUCGGCUUCGCGCUCUAUGACAACCCGGUAGGACAAUUGUCCUGGAUUGGAGGGAAGUUUAUUGAAUGGUCUGAUCCUCGAGCUGGAAGUACGCCUUCUGUUUUGAACCAUAACGAAAUUCUGAAGUCGAUUUCAUUAUACUAUCUCACUAAAUCGGUUGUAUCCUCUAUUUAUAUAUACUACUCAAAUCCCGCGGGAUUCAGUACGACUUACACAAAGGCGUUGACUGAUGCGCCGAUGCUCUUCAGCGCUUUCAAGUAUAAUGUUGGGUAUUGGCCACCAGCGCUAGCUACCCGCGUUGGAAAUCUUGUUUCUUAUAAAAAUCACGAUUUUGGUGGCCACUUCCCUGGUCUUGAUAACCCUGUUGCAUUGGCUAAGGACUUGAAGGAAAUAAAGAAAUAUUGGAAAUAAUAGUCGGGUUUGUAUUCUCAUAUUGAGGUAAAUAGAACGUGGCUGUGGAUAUGCUACAAUGCAAUUUGUACUCUCUAAGUUUCGG